GCUCUGCGUGGAGGCGGGCGCGCGUCUCUCACGCACCCGGCCCGCAGCGGCGCCGCUUCGCCACGGAGCAUGGGGCUGCCUCGGAGGGCGGGAGAUGCGGCAGAACUUCGUAAGAGCUUGAAGCCGCUGCUGGAGAAGCGCCGCCGCGCGCGCAUCAACGAGAGCUUGAAGCAGCUCAAGGGACUCAUCCUGCCGCUGCUGGGCAGGGAGAGCUCCCGCUACUCUAAGCUGGAGAAGGCGGAUAUCCUGGAAAUGACCGUGCGCUUCCUGCAGGACCAGCCUGCGUCCUCCUGCCCCCGGGCAGCGCCCACGCCCCCGGACAGCUACCGCGAGGGCUACCGCGCCUGCCUGGAGCGACUGACCCGCGUGCUGCCAGCCUGCCGCGUCCUGGAGCCUGCCGUGAGCGCUCGCCUGUUGGAGCAUCUGCGGCGGAGGGCGGCCGGCGCCACCCCUGACGGCGGGAGCGCUGGGGACUUUUGUGGCCCUCCCUCGCCCUCCCCGCCGCCCGCCCCCAUGCCCUCGCCGCCUGCGCCACCUUGUCGCCCAGGCCUCUGGCGGCCGUGGUAGCCCCCUGGCGGGUCCACCAACCCUGCUGACUGAGAGGCACCUGGAGGCUGGACGGACUGAAGAAGCUCUUGGUGAUGACUGCCAUUCUCACCACGAGGGAUCAGCCCAGCGCCCACAGCCAAAGCAACAGCCGAUGUUUGGGAUCUGGAUGGAAGACCUGGGGGACUCAGCUCGAGGACAUAAGGGAAGAGGCCCUGCCUCACUGCCAACUUGGGGUGUCUGGGGAAGGUGGCUGCAGUGGAGGAUGAAACCCCACACCCUCUCUGUGGCUGGUGGCUCUAGGACUGGGCCAGCUGCUGAGACAGUCAACACACCUGCCCCAGCACUGGCACCAGCCCAAGGCCUGGGCUAGGAGCUCACCUGAGCCAGGUGCAGCCAUCUGAUCUGACUGGUCCCUGCCCUCCCAGCCCUUCUGGAACCUGCCUCCUUGACAGCUCUGCUUGGGAACCUCUGGGCACACAGAAGCAAUGACCUGAGGGGCUCUGCAGGUGCGGGAGCCAUCACCUACACUUCUGGGCUCGCCUGCCCGACACCUCCAGUUGGAGAGACUGGAUGCAGCAGGGUCUCUGAGUCACUGGGGGGCGGGGACUUUGCUAGAUGGUCUUGGGGUUUAUUUCCUCCAGCAUUAAUUUAACCUGGUAUAUGCACCAGGUGAGGAAGGGGCGGGGAAAGAAUGAGGGUGCCCUGUGGCCUCAAGGAGGCCAGCAUAGAGAGGGGACCAGGACCCAUGACGCAUCAGCAGAAAUUCAAGGCAUAACAGCAGGCGAAAGACUAGGAAACACCUUUCCUCGUGUCGUCUUGCAAACUGCUCCCUGCUGCUCUUCGAGGGGGGUUCCUGCAAGCAACUCGUUCUUAAGACUUUUCUCUCUUCCCUGCAGAAGCCAGGAGAGCCUGUGAAGGCUCAGGGAGGGGCCCACAGAUCCCAGUGGUGGGUGCCCAAGAGAAGGCAGUCAUGUUCCCACCAUUUCACAGGAGUGGGAGAGUGGGAGUGACCUCCCCGGUGCCUAGUCCAACAGCCUGAACGAAGGACCAGGGGCCUAGGGGCAAGAAGACAGAGCUGAUGAGGGAUGGAGGGUGUCACUAAACCCAUGAUGACCUUGGCAGUGAUUUGAUGGCAGGAUGUGGGGAAGCUGUGCAUGUUAUUGAAGAAGUAACUGUUAAGAUAACAGGGCGAGCCUCUAGCAAGGUGUCUUUUCUGGGCCCAGCUGGCUGGACUGUCAGCUCCUGGAGGGCAAGGCUGGGACUGAGGGCACCUCUAUGUCCCCAAGGCACUAGGCACUCAGUGGGUCCUCAAUAAACACGGUGGGCUAACGAA